AUGCGCCGUUGUCCGGUUUUGCUUGCGGGUGCAGUCGCACAGGUUGUUCGUGAUGGUGAGUGUUCCCUCACGCGUGUAGGUGAGCAUAUCGGUCUCAUUGGACUCAACAGACCCGCUCGUAAGAACGCCAUUGGUCGACAGCUUCUGAGUGAGCUAAAGGAGUGUAUUUGUUACUGCCGCAACCCUGAAAACCUGAUUCGCUGUGUCAUUGUGGAGAGCCGUGUUGACGGGGUUUUCUGCGCAGGGGCUGAUCUUAAGGAGCGACGUGGUAUGACUUUAGUGGAGUCCCGUGCGUAUGUGGAGGAGCAGCGUGACACCCUUACUGCACUGGAGGACCUAUCUCAGCCAACAAUAAGUGCAAUUGAAGGAGCGGCUCUGGGUGGUGGCUGCGAGUUGGCAUUGUGUACAGACAUUCGCAUUGCUGGAGCGGGUGCACGUUUCGGGUUACCGGAAACGGGCCUCGCCAUUAUUCCUGGAGCUGGUGGAACGUACCGGGCACCACUUGUGAUGGGGCUUAGUAAUGCCUUGCAGUUGAUUUUAACAGCUGAUGUCGUACCUGCGGAGCGGGCGCAGCGCCUUGGUCUCGUUACUGAAUUAGUGCCUGCUGGUGGUGCCUCGGAAGCUGCACUGGCGGUAGCUGGCCGAAUAGCACGCAACGGCCCGGUUGCCGUAGCAGCUGCAAAGGCGGCGGUGCGCGGUGGGUUUGGGCGGCCACGUGACGAGGCAUUGGACGGUGAGUUGAGAUUAAGCCAAUCGCUGAUGGAGACACAAGACCGCAUGGAGGGACUGCAGGCUUUUGCGGAGAAGCGACCACCCAGAUAUGUUGGUAAAUGA